AACAAAUGGUCAAGAUCUAGUAGGAUCCAUCAGUGAACGUGGGUGCUCUAUGAGAUCUGGAACCUCCUUUUUCUUUUUCUAUUUAAGGUGACAUUGACAGGUGACAUUGUUGUCAAUUGUCAUCAUCUUCUACGCAAUUGCAGGACAGUUGCUAGUACGUACAAACUUCCUGAUCGACACAAUAAUAUGAACUUGAGGUAAGGAUAUUCCAUUAAGGCGUCGCUGCUGCUGUCAAUUGUCCCUUCUUCCGGCGUGUACCUAUUUCUUCUUCCGGCGUGUACCUAUUUCUAGUGUGCUAUAAAUCGAGGCUAAUUCUCCCUAAUCUUGCAGGUGUAUCUGGUUCAGAAGUUGGCAGAAUGGUGAUGAAAACGUCGGCUUCGUUUCAUCUAUGUCUCAUCAUGUCUUCUCGCAGCUACCGUGGUAUACCUUCCAUCUCUGCGAGUGCAAGAACCUCAUCUGUAACGUCCAUAAGCUCCAAUGCAAAGAAUCCUUUGUUUGGGGAGUUCCUGGUGCCUCUUUCUUCGAAGAUGGACGAAGCCUCAAAGUCACUGAAGAAUGCGCCAAUGAGAUUUCUGGAUGCUUUGGUCAAUUCAACUUUCAGGUUUACUGACCAAGCCCUGCAUCCAUCUGAGAGCAAUUUUGCACCGGUUGAUGAGGUCAGUGAAGGCAUAGAGAUACACCAGAUCCAAGGAGCCAUACCUGACGAUUUCCCUGAGGGAGUGUACAUCAGAAAUGGUUCCAACCCACUCUUUGGAGCCCUCCAUUCCACAGUCUCGAUCUUUGGACAAUCCAGUGAGAUCUGGGUCGAGGGAGAGGGCAUGCUCCAUGCUCUCUACUUCACCAAGAAUAGUUCAGCCACUUGGUCAGCCUCCUACGCCAAUCGCUAUGUACAAUCCGAGACAUUCAAGCUUGAACGAGCCAGACAGAAACCGUGCUUCCUCCCUGCCAUUGAGGGCGAUUCUGCAGCCAUCAUCGCUGCCUACAUUUUUAACUAUCUGAGGUAUGGCAAGGUGAACAAGGACAUCAGCAACACCAACGUGUUUGAGCAUGCCGGCAGAGUGUACUCUAUCGCUGAGAACCAUCUGCCCCAGGAGAUCUGCAUGGAGAACCUCAACACAGGCAAUACAUGGGACAUUGGCGGGGAAUGGGAUCGGCCCUUCACAGCUCACCCAAAGGUAGCUCCUAGAUCAGGGGAGCUUGUCAUCUUCGGUACAGAUGCGAAGAGGCCUUUCCUAGUAAUUGGAGUUGUCUCAGCUGAUGGAACCAAACUAACGCAUAGAGUUGACCUCAAGCUGGAAAGAUGUACACUUUGUCAUGAUGUAGGAGUUACUCUAAAGUACAACAUUAUCAUGGAUGUACCACUUACUGUUGACAUCACUAGAGUCAUUAGGGGUGGUCAGUUGAUUGAGUUUGAGAAGGAAAGUUAUGCAAGAAUAGGGGUUAUGCCCCGCUAUGGUGAUGCAGAGUCUGUUAUCUGGUUUAAUGUUGAACCAUUCUGCUUGUUCCAUCUUAUCAACUGUUUUGAAGAGGGUGAUGAGAUUGUGGUCAGGGGUCUUCGUUCGCCGGACUCCAUAAUACCAGGCCCAAGACUUGCAUUGAACAAGUAUGACUCUGAAGGCUCUGAGCUUACAGAAGAUAACAAGUCCAUGAAACAAGGAACUAAUGAGGGAUUUUUCUCUCGCUUAUACCAAUGGAGACUAAACUUGAAAACAAAGGCUGUCUCAGGGGAGUAUUUAACAGGAACAGAUUUUUCCUUGGAGUUCCCAAUUAUCAAUAACCAGUACACAGGCUUGCAACAUAGCUAUGCCUAUGCACAAGUAGUAGAUUCUUUGACAAGCUCUUCAGCCAAUUAUGAGAAAGUAAACCCAAAAUAUGGAGGUUUUGCAAAACUCUACCUGGAAAGGAGAGACAACACAGAGAUAUCAGGGUCGGAUCUCAUAAAGAUGCAAUAUCAUUGGCUUGGUAACGACCAAUUCUGCUCUGGAGCAGCAUUUGUACCAAGAGUUGGUGGGUCACAUGAAGAUGAUGGGUGGAUAGUUUCAUUCGUACAUAACGAGAAAACUAAUAUAUCACAGGUGCACAUUAUUGACGCCCAAAGAUUUGAAGAUGCUCCUGUUGCUAAAAUAACAUUUCCACGAAGAGUACCUUAUGGCUUUCAUGGAACUUUCAUCCAUAGAAACCCAAUGAUGUGAUGUAAUUCCAUGAAUACCAAAACCAGCCAAAAGUGUGCAGCAUACAAUUUAAAUACUGAAUUGGGUAUAAAUUUGUAAGUAUCAUGGUUUUAAUCCUUUAAUUGUUUGUGCAGAGUCUCAGCCCACUCAUGUUGAACUAUUCGUACAUUU